AUGUCAUCAUGGGUGUUCCGUCCUCCCGUGGCACCAUCCACAGGCGUCAUGCCUAUCUCAGCUCUCCUCUCGCCUCAGCCAGACGCUGAUAAAGAGAACCAUGGCCCCGCUGCAAGCAAAAGCCUAAAGCGCAAGUCCCUCGAUGACCAUGCCGUUGCCCCAGCAGGAUCAGGCAUGUCCCUCGACGACAUCGACCUCGAAGGCGUACCAAUCGACAUGAACUGCGACCAGGUCCGUCGCAAAAUCAAUAAUCUUCUCGAAUCCGCCGCCAUGACCAAAACCGCCUUCGCCCGUGAGAUUGGCGUCAGCGCCAAAUCGCUUUCAGGCUUCUUAGGUGUCCACGGUCCCUUCAACGGCUCAGGCUUCGCCGCCUAUGAAAACGCCUGGGAGUGGUUCAAGAAGAGGGAGAUGCUCGGUAUCCCUCUGCUAGUAGGGAAGAAACAAAAGACUUCCGCCACCACUGCUGCCUUUGCUGCUCCUGCUGUCAUUGUGGCCCCAGCCCCCGCAACCGCAUCCAAAGCCAAACCCUCCGCUGCCUCUUCGGUUCCUGAUAUCAGCGGAAUUCACCUGGAAGGUGAGGAAACUGACUCCGUCCCCGUCUAUGACUCUUGCGACGAAAUCCGCCGUAAGAUCAACCUACAUCUCAAAAAAGACGGCGUCACUCAGGCGUCUUUCCUCCGGGACAUCUACGCCCAGCUUCGCGGCCCCAGCAAACCAGGAAAAUGCUUCCAGAGCGUGCAGCUCCAACGAUUUAGGGGGAUGAAGGGGAGUAACUGUGGGGCGAAAUCAGCGUUGUAUUACGGGGCUUAUGUCUUUUUUGAAAAGAUCCGGAUCAAGGAGGGGAAGCCGAAGACGAAGCAUAGGUUGGAAAUGGAGGGGCUUUGGGGGGCAGCAGGGGCGGAUAGGGAGCAUAAUGGGAACACUAGGGUUUGGGUCUUGGGUGUGGCGAGCAAAGGAGGUGGUGGGAGGGGGAGGGGAGGUGGGGGGUAUGCUUACUUUUGA